AAAAUAAACGCCAUUUCACAGAAUCUUCCAGGGUAUGGGGGAAAGAGAAGCCCAAGUAUCCAGGGAAUUGGCAGGCAUCUUCUGAUCAUACAUACACACAGGCAUACAUCUUCUUCAAAGCACACGUUUUAACAAAAGGUUUGUGAUGCUAGCUGUAUCUUUAUCCUUUUGAUGCCAAGAAGUACGGAGCCGACUAUAAACAGUCAAUGGAAGAAAAUCUAGGGCUUGUUAAGAAGAUAAUCCUGGGUGAGUCAGUGGCUCCCUUUGGCGUCCUUUGGCAAAAACAUCUCAGUUACUGCUGACAUCCAAAAGCAGAGAAAAAGAACAUCAGGAGAAAGUGAUAAACAACCAAAGAACAAAGCAAAAAAGACCCAAGAAGAAGUCAUUGAGCUUCUUCUCCUAGAAACACAUUUCCUUUGUAUCGGAACCCCCCCAGUCUGUCACCCUGGAGUCGUGGAAGAGGUGGAAUGAGGGCAGAAUGGUGUGGUGUGAGAAAGGGGUCCAGAUUCUUCUGACCACAGUGGGAGCUUUUGCUGCUUUUGGGCUUAUGACAAUCGCCAUAGGAACAGAUUACUGGCUUUAUGCCAGAGCCUUCAUCUGCAAUACCACCAACAUCUCUAGUGAGGAAACACCACAGAAGGACAAAAAGGAUCCUGGAGGGCUGACUCAUUCUGGCCUAUGGAGAAUCUGCUGCUUGGAAGGCCAAAAGAGAGGCAUUUGUGUAAAAAUCAAUCACUUUCCAGAAGACACAGACUACGAUCACGACAGUGCUGAAUAUCUUCUGCGUGUUGUUCGUGCUUCAAGCAUCUUCCCAAUCCUCAGUGCCAUGCUCCUCUUACUCGGGGGCCUUUGCGUUGCUGCCAGUCGUGUUUACAAGUCCAAGCGCAACAUUAUCUUGGGGGCUGGCAUCCUAUUCGUUGCUGCAGGUUUAAGCAACAUUAUUGGUGUGAUUGUUUACAUUUCUGCAAAUGCGGGAGAUCCUGGGACAAAGAGGGAUGAUGAGAAGAAAAGUCAUUACUCAUAUGGCUGGUCUUUCUACUUCGGGGGGCUUUCUUUUAUCAUCGCUGAGAUGAUUGGCGUUUUAGCAGUAAAUAUCUACAUUGAGAAGAACAGAGAGGCUCAUUGUAAAUCACGCACAGAGCUGAUCAAAAAUCCUUCGGCCAUUCUACGCCUACCAAGCUAUCGUUUUCGAUAUCGCCGACGCUCAAGAUCUAGUUCACGCUCUACUGAACCUUCUCAGUCAAGGGACACUUCUCCUGUAGGUGUUAAAGGGAUACCUUCAACUGACAUCUCCAUGUACACCCUGUCAAGAGAUACCUCGAAAGCCAAUGUAAGCAGCCUGUAUAACACUGAGCGUGGGGAUCACAGUUUUCUACAACUUCACAACUGCUUUCCCAAGGAUUCCGGGGUCACCGUCACCGUCACAGGACCAGCCUCAAAUACGGGCACCCUGGGCAAGGAUGGUUCCAACACCAACACUUUAAACAGGAAAACCACACCUGUGUAGGUGGGCCCAAGGCAAAGGUCUUCUUAGUGAGUGUGAGUGAGCGUGAGAGAUGAAGUAUGAGUUUUGGGAUGGAAGAAGGAGCCAUUUUUUUUGCCAUGUAUCUACCAGUUCCUGGUAUAAAGUAAGAUGUAGGGUCAGCACCUCUCUUACCAGUAAACAGUAAGUUCAAAUUUUGGACUCUAGUCCGUGUUCUGAAAUCUCUAUUACAGAAUUUUGAUAGAAAAAAAAAA